AAAUUUCGGACCUUCACCAUGAUGUAUUAAUUAGUUUUUUUUGAAAUAUGUAAAAUUUAGGCGAUACCAAGGCAUUUAGAAAUCGGAAAAUGCCUAGUACAACGAAUCAUUAAUAACAACGUGAAUAAAAUAAAAAAAAACGAGGCAUUAUAUCAAAAUUUAAGAUGACCACACAAUAACUAAUUAAACCACCACGAUGACGGCCUCAAAACAACUGUUAUACAGCUAUUCCGUACCAAAUGUGAACUUCGUUUACGUCUGCCUCGUGAGCAAUAUUACCCCAGGAAACCCGGGAAAAUCCAAUGUCGGCUCUGAGUCGAGGCACAACCGACCGUCGCUUCAGGUUAUUGACAAUCCUAAUGAAGAGGUUGGCACCAGUAAAGACAACGACGUUGCAAUAGAAGUCCAAAGGUCCGUAGCAUUCCACGAACUUAUCGAGAGCUAUGGGAAACUUGGGAACAUAGAAUAUUUUCCCGAAAAAAUCGAGCAAAUAGCAUCUGAAACAAUACCUCUGCCACCCCAUGAGGAAGAGGACGGGAAGGACGAUAAUAAAUGUGGUAAUCCAAAAAUUCUGAGUCUAACCAAAACUAAGUGGCUUAGUGAGAGUCGAGAUGGAUCUCCUGACGCAAGAGAUAUAUUGAUGCAGUCCACGUCAGAAAGCUCGGUCGGAGAACUACCUGAACAUGACUCUACCCAUAAAGCCCUAUCCACGGUCCUAGCCUUGGACAAGGAACACAAUCUCUUCGGCCUGUCUAACACUUACAUACCGCAAGCGAACUCGAAAGCCUGGAAAAAACUGCCCAAGGAGAGCGACAGUAAAGCUGUCUUUCAUCAGACUGCCAUCGUUCAAGCUUGUUACAAAACACGGUGCAGACGUAAGAGCAAAACAGACUUACCACCAUCAUUGAAGUGCGGAUGCUGCAAAUCCAAAUGUUGCUGCGCCAAAUGUCGCUCAUGUACCAGUUGCACGACGCUAAUAUGCCGACCCUCAUGCUCUACGUGUGCCAUCCCCUGCACCACUCCUUGCUCAGUGCCGUGCGGGUCAUCUUGUGUGGUGCCGUGUCCGUUGUAUUGGGUAAGUAUCUGUAAUGUUACUGCGUCAUAUGUCGCUUCUUCACUAGUUACACGCCGCAAUGCCGAUCAUCGUGCUCCACGUGUGCCAUCCCCUGCACCACUCCUUGCUCAGUGCCGUGCGGGUCAUCUUGUGUGGUGCCGUGUCCGUUGUAUUGGUGCCGUGCGGGUCAUCUUGUGUGGCGCCGUGUCCGUUGUAUUGGUUACCGUCGCUAUGCCUAUCAUCGUGCCCCCCGUGUGCCAUCCCCUGCACCACUCCUUGCUCAGUGCCGUGCGGGUCAUCUUGUGUGGCGCCGUGUCCGUUGUAUUGUUUACCGUCGCUAUGCCUAUCAUCGUGCUCCACGUGUGCCAUCCCCUGUACCACUCCUUGCUCAGUGCCGUGCGGGUCAUCUUGUGUGGCGCCGUGUCCGUUGUAUUGGUUACCGUCGCUAUGCCUAUCAUCGUGCCCCCCGUGUGCCAUCCCCUGCACCACUCCUUGCUCAGUGCCGUGCGGGUCAUCUUGUGUGGCGCCGUGUCCGUUGUAUUGUUUACCGUCGCUAUGCCUAUCAUCGUGCUCCACGUGUGCCAUCCCCUGCACCACUCCUUGCUCAGUGCCGUGCGGGUCAUCUUGUGUGGCGCCGUGUCCGUUGUAUUGGUUACCGUCGCUAUGCCUAUCAUCGUGCCCCCCGUGUGCCAUCCCCUGCACCACUCCUUGCUCAGUGCCGUGCGGGUCAUCUUGUGUGGCGCCGUGUCCGUUGUAUUGUUUACCGUCGCUAUGCCUAUCAUCGUGCUCCACGUGUGCCAUCCCCUGUACCACUCCUUGCUCAGUGCCGUGCGGGUCAUCUUGUGUGGCGCCGUGUCCGUUGUAUUGGUUACCGUCGCUAUGCCUAUCAUCGUGCCCCCCGUGUGCCAUCCCCUGCACCACUCCUUGCUCAGUGCCGUGCGGGUCAUCUUGUGUGGCGCCGUGUCCGUUGUAUUGUUUACCGUCGCUAUGCCUAUCAUCGUGCUCCACGUGUGCCAUCCCCUGCACCACUCCUUGCUCAGUGCCGUGCGGGUCAUCUUGUGUGGCGCCGUGGCCGGCCAGACGUGCUUCCCUAAGCCUUGUUCAUCGACGCCCUGCCCAACUUGCUCCGGCACCGGCUGGUGCGCCGGCGCGCCUGCUUGCAGUAUUACCACGCCUGAUUGUAGUAAAGAAUGCCCACGAUUUGGAUUUCAGGUGUCAGUCAUCAAGAAGCCGAAAUAUGAUCCGGUAUAUACGGAAAUCGAGCCAAAAUCGAGCUGCGUUCUAUCAAAACCAUUGCUCGCCCGCCGCUGUCACCACCGCCCCCGCUGCAGUCCACCCUCCGAAUGCUUCCCGUACCUCAUGCCAUGUUACUGGCCCUCGCGCUGCGGGGCCCCGUGUAGUGAGCCGUCGCAAUGCUUCCACAAUCCGCCGUGCCUGAGGGGCCGGACGCGGAGGGGCAAAGUGCAUCCGCUAGAACUGUGUCCACGUGGCCAGACCUGCGGCGGAAAGGACAAAGGCAAAAAAUGUGAAAAUUAUUCUUGUAUUGGGCGCAACAAUGAAGCAUUGGCAGAAGCGUUGACUAAAUUAUUGUGA